UAUAUAAGUAUUUGACUUACCAUCACGUUCUGAAGUUUACCAACAAAGAUGACGUCAAUUAUUUCUGCGCACUUUCAUGGUACACAGAAAUUGAUGACGUUGUUCACAUCAAGAUCAUGGCAGUUGAUUUGAAACAGAAUCAAAAGUCCCUUUUGGACGCCUGGAAGGAUGUUUCAGACACUAACACGGAUACCAAUUGGGCAGUGUUUGGAUAUGAAGGGAAGACAAAUGUGGUCAAAUUGGUUGAAACAGGAGACAAUGACUUGGAUGAUAUGGUUGAGGAGCUGAGCUCUGGCAAGAUCAUGUAUGCCUAUUGUAGGGUUAAGGAUCCCAACACGGGCCUUUUCAAGUUUGUUCUAGUCAACUGGCAAGGAGAAGGAGCGCCAGAUUCCAGAAAGGGCCAAUGUGCUCCACAUUUCAGAGAUGUCCAAACAUUGCUCAGGGUAUGCCAAUAACAAAGGAGAUCAUUGAAUUGAUAUAUGAUAAUUCCAAGAUAACUGAUGAAACGCAAAAUUAAUGGAUAAGACCUUUCUCUCAAGGCUACGCUGACAUUUAAACUACAGAAAAUUAUGACAUUAUUUUAUCUAUAAUAACAAAACAUUCAUAAUUCAUAAUGUUGUUGGAAAUAAAAACAAUGAAUAAGACAGUAUGAAAAACAAAUCCAGCCUAUGUUAGACUUCAGCAUAUCUCAUAUCUAGUAAUAUUGUCUGCUGU